UUCUCAUGUCAGUUCGCUUGAUCCACGCACACGUUGGUCCCGCCUGUCCUAUUGGGGGCGCUAAUGCAGUCAAAUCUGAUGUGCAAUACCACAUUAAACAUAAGAAGAAGGAAGGGAACAGAAGCCAGGUCCACUGGAUUCUGAAACAAGAAUAGGUCCAUGAUCUUUUAGAAGUCUCUUAAAUAGCAGAAACUGGAGAUGUGAAAAAGAUGAGCAACCUUGCAAUGCGCAACCCAAUGUACUUUACUAGAGCCAAAGAAGAGGAAAGGCUCUGGAUAGAGGAAAAGAGAAGAGACACCCAAGGAAUAAGUGGGAAGGAGGCUAAAGACUUUUACCAAAGCCUGCUACAGGAGAGUGAUGCGGAAAAUCCAAGAGAGCGACGAGCGGUGAAAACAGGGAGGGUGAAAAGAGCAGCAGGACAAAAUCGAAGAAGAGGAGAGGGGCGAAGGUUAGAAGCUACUCAUGUCCAAACAGUUGGUACCUCACAGCGUGAUGGGCACAAACUUCUGCGAUUUGCCCAGGAAGGCAAUACACAGGGCCUAAAGGACCUUCUGAGACAUGGCUGUGAUGUAAACUUCCGUGAUGAUUUUUACUGGACAGCUGUGAUGUGUGCUAGUCAGGCUGGAAAGACAGAAGCUGUUCGGCUGCUUCUGCAACAUGGAGCUGCAUGGAUUGGUGUUGUGGACAAACUGGGCAGAGAUGCACGGGAUUUGGCCACGCAGGCAGGUCACCAUGAUGUAGUGAGAGAACUGGAGCAUUUUGGUGUGUCAGAGAGUACUCCCACUGCAAAUGAUGCAAACAGUGUUCGUUCUCUGUGGUGUAGUGUGUGCGCUGUACAUUACACAGACAGCACUCAAACACAUAACAAGUCCACGCUGCAUCAAUUCAGUGAGCUUCGCCCUCCACCCACCCCUCAAUACUGCCUGCCCUCCUCUAGCACCAGCUAUAAAAUGAUGCUCCGCUUGGGGUGGGAUCCCUCCUCUGGCCUUGGACCUGCCCAUAGCGGCCGGAAAAAUCCAAUCAGCACGGUACUAAAGAGGGAUCAGAAAGGCCUUGGAUUCGGAGUGACUCCACAGCCUAAAGUGACUCAUUUCCGGGCAAAAGAUUCUCAGGCAGUGCAACAGCCUAAAGAGAGAAGCGUAAGAUUGGAGAGAGGAUCAAAGCUCAACAAAAAAGAACUUAAAAUGAAAGACGAGAGAGACAAGCUGUGGGAAAGAGACUUUCGCUCGUCAUUUAAUAUUGACCUCUGAUUUGUUUCUGUUGACCUUGGACCUCACGUGCUAUAUGAUAAACAUUUGAUUGGAUAGUGAGAAAACGAGUUUGUCUGACAGCAACAGAGUUUAUUGAGCAGUGUUAACUGAACUAUGCGAAAUUGAAAAAUAUUUUGAAAAAUUGUUUGUUUUAGGUUUGACAAUAAAUUAAUUAACUAAU